UUAAACGGCUGAAAUAUUCAUCGGUGUUAAACAAGAAACCCACACGAGCGUGUACAGUGUUCAAGUUAUUUUGUCGUUAAAACCCAAAGCUAACCAGACUGCUAGCUCAUCGCGUUAGCUUUGCAUUAGUUUGUUUCCGUACUUAGCUUUAGCUUGCUUCGAGUCAGUCAAGGCUGCGCUCUAAUAUGCGCAGUGGCCUUCUAAACAGAACGCGGAAUCGUAUGCGCAAGUACGCACUAGCUCGGCCCUGUGAGUAGGGCACAGUUACACGUACUAGAGCACAGCCUUGAUCUUACACGCAUACACUUCCACCAGUGUGUGUUUAAUAUUAGGUUAGCCUGCUUAAACCACAUAGGCCAACCUCUUCAACAACGUUGUCGUUCUAGGCUGCCGGUUGGGGCAUUUGCACACGGCUGUGAAUGGUAGUGUCUAUAAAGGGUAUGUCCCUUCAGGAGAGAGGUGCCAAUGUCCAUCAGGAUUAAUCACACUGCAGGGGGGUCACUGCGCCGAUCACAGAGGAACACACUCGCCACCAGGUUGCAGUCAGAACAAACCAAACAAAAAACAAAUUCACCUCCUGAAAGUAAAAGAUCAUAUACUAAAGCUUCCAAAGCCCCGCCCACGCCUGCAGCUGGCUCCUCGCGUGGCCACGCCCCUCGACGAAACAGUCUCUCUCUCUCUUCACUAAGUAACCCUGCGUCCGACCCGGAUUCGGAGACAGCAGGAAGCUCAGGCCAACACGAGCAGCGCGAAGUCAGCAACAGCCGUGCUCUCAAACGUAGCUCUGCACCUGAUCACACCACCACCACCUACUCGCCCAGCCCGGCCAAGAGGCCCAAAGCUCCGCCCCUCGAGAGCUCAGAGCAGCCGGAACCUGCUGGCUCUACUGCUGACUCUGCACCUGAGCUCCCACCCUCAGCCAGGUCAAAAAAGCGACGUUUGGCAGCUGAGCAUCCUGCUAGCAGGACAUUAAACAGGAAGAGCGGCACGUGCCCAGCUCCUAGCACCUCCCACAAACGCAAAAAAACAGACACCCCAUUUAGUUCCUCUUCUUCCUCCUCGUUCUCUUCCUCUUCCUCGUUUUUAUCUGGCUCGAGCAGCGAGCAGACCAGCCGCUCAUCCAAACCCUCCAAACUGGCGUCCAAAUUGGCCGCCUCGGCCAAAUCCGUGACUGACUCCGCCUCUUCCUCCUCCGCUUCUUCUUCCUCCUUCACUUCCUCUUCCUCCUCCUCCUCUUCUGUGGUGGUCGCUGGUGCCAGCGGCUGUGCCCCGCCCUCGCAGGGCGCCCGGCUCAAGCAGGGUAAAGAUCAGAGCAAGUCUCGUCGUUCGCGCUCUGCCUCUUCGCCAUCUCCUCGCCGCAGCAGUCGUGAUAAAGAGCACAGCAAAUCCAGCACAGCUGCCUCUAAAUUCGAUUGGACGAGUCGCUUCAGUCCCAGAGUGAACUUACCGAAGCCCAGACUCGCCCUGCCCGGGUCCUCAAAACCCGAAACGCCAUCAGGGUCCAGCAAACCCGGCCCGAGCGGACUGCAGGCCAAACUCGCCAGUCUGAGAAAGUCCACUAAGAAGCGUAGUGAGUCUCCCCCUGCAGAACUCCCCAGUUUUAGGAGGAGCACACGACAAAAGACCACGGGCUCCUGCGCCAGCACCAGUCGGCGAGGUUCAGGUUUAGGGAAGCGUGGUGCAGCUGAAACUCGCCGACAGGACAAAAUGGCCGAAAACGACAACAAUCAGGAUGGAGCCAAUUCAUCACGCACAGAGGAAACGCCGCAGGGAGCAUCAGCAGCCUCCAGCUCAGUAGCCGGCGCUGUAGGGAUGACCACAUCCGGAGAGAGCGAAUCAGAUGACUCGGAAAUGGGCCGAUUGCAAGCUCUACUGGAGGCACGUGGUCUGCCCCCUCACCUUUUUGGUCCUCGUAUGUCCCAGCUAUUCCAUCGCACCAUUGGCACCGGAGCAAGUUCGAAAGCCCAGCAGCUGCUGCAGGGUCUGCAGGCUACAGGGGACGAGUCUCAGCAGCUGCAGGCAGCAAUAGAGAUGUGCCAGCUGCUGGUGAUGGGCAAUGAAGAGACACUGGGAGGAUUUCCUGUGAAGAGUGUCGUACCUGCUCUGAUCACACUGUUACAAAUGGAGCAUAACUUUGAUAUUAUGAAUCAUGCAUCUCGUGCUCUAACCUACAUGAUGGAAGCUCUGCCUCGCUCUUCUGCUGUAGUUGUAGACGCCAUUCCUGUCUUCCUGGAAAAGCUUCAGGUCAUCCAGUUUAUCGAUGUGGCCGAACAGGCUCUCACCGCACUGGAGAUGCUCUCACGAAGACAUAGCAAGGCCAUCCUGCAGGCCGGUGGGUUGGCUGACUGCUUGCUGUACCUGGAGUUUUUCAGUAUUAACGCUCAGAGGAAUGCAUUAGCCAUCGCCGCUAACUGCUGCCAGAGCAUCACACCCGACGAGUUCCACUUCGUAGCCGACUCGCUGCCUCUACUCACUCAGAGACUCACGCACCAGGAUAAAAAAUCAGUGGAGAGCACAUGUCUCUGUUUCGCCCGGCUGGUGGACAACUUUCAGCACGAAGAGAAUUUGUUGCAGCAGGUGGCAUCACGUGAUCUGCUCACGAACAUCCAGCAGCUUCUUGUGGUGACGCCGCCGGUGUUGAGUUCAGGGAUGUUCAUUAUGGUGGUGCGCAUGUUCUCCCUCAUGUGCUCCAACUGCCCCAACCUUGCUGUUCAGCUGAUGAAGCAGAAUAUCGCAGAGACAUUGCGUUUCCUGCUUUGUGGAGCAUCUAAUGGAAGCUGUCAGGAGCAAAUUGACCUUGUUCCCAGAAGUCCCCAGGAGCUCUAUGAGCUCACUUCCCUUAUCUGUGAGCUGAUGCCUUGCCUCCCCAGAGAGGGCAUUUUUGCUGUAGAUGCCAUGUUGAAAAAGGGCAGCGCACACACUACAGAGGCCGCAGUGUGGCAAUGGAGGGACGACCGAGGCUUGUGGCAUCCAUACAACCGUAUUGACAGUCGUAUCAUUGAGACGGCUCAUCAGAACGGCGAGGACGAGAUCAGCCUUUCGACGCUCGGACGAGUUUACACCAUCGACUUCAACUCUAUGCAGCAGAUCAACGAGGACACGGGAACGGCACGGGGAAUUCAGAGGAAACCAAAUCCCCUGAUCAACCCCAACACCGGUCAUGUGGAGGUGCGUGGUGAGGAUGCACGUGCAGAGCUGAUGCGGGAGGAGGCAGAGCUAGCCCGCUGCUUCAUUAAGACUCUGUUUGGUGUGCUGUAUGAAGUGUACAGCUCCUCGGCCGGACCCGCCGUCAGACACAAGUGCCUCAGAGCCAUCCUGCGCAUCAUCUACUUCUCCGACUCCGAGCUGCUCAAGGAUGUGCUGCGUAACCACGCCGUCUCCAGUCACAUAGCCUCUAUGCUGUCCAGUCAGGACCUGAAGAUUGUGGUUGGCUCUCUGCAGAUGGCAGAAAUCCUCAUGCAGAAACUACCUGAUGUGUUCAGUGUGUACUUCAGGAGAGAAGGUGUGAUGCACCAGGUGAAGAACCUGGCCGAGAGCGAGUCGUUCCUCCCCAGUCCGCCCAAGGCGUGCACUAGCGGCAUCACCGCGGCAACCACCACCAUCACUACGGCAACCACACCCGCCGCAUCCAGCAUCACACCGGAUUUGGGUUCACCGAGUUUCCAUAACAACAUGGAGGACUCGCUGGACCUCAGCCCACAGGGUCGUCUUAGUGAUGUUUUGAAGAGGAAGCGUCUCCCUCGCAGAGUACCACGGCGUCCCAAAUAUUCUCCACCCAGAGAUGAUGACAAAGUGGACAAUCAGGCUAAGAGUCCCACCACCACCGCUUCUCCCAAAUCGUCUUUCCUUGCAAGUCUUAACCCCAAAACCUGGGGAAAACUUGGUGCUCAAAACAAUAGCACUAACUCUGAGCCAUCUCGCACUGCCGGGGUCAGCGGCCUCGCACGCACAGCUAACAAAGACUCCGUGUCUAAUAACAGGGACAAGAUUAAGGCAUGGAUAAAAGAGCAGGCCAGCAAGUUUGUGGAGCGCUACUUCAAUUCAGAAAACGUGGACGGCAGCAACCCAGCACUAAAUGUUCUGCAGAGACUGUGUACUGCUACAGAGCAGCUCAGCCUGCAGGUUGACGGCGGUCUGGAGUGUUUAGUGGAGAUCUGCAGCAUUGUGUCCGAGUCAGAUGUGUCCUCAUUCGAGAUUCAGCACAGUGGCCUGGUGAAGCAGAUGCUGCUCUAUUUAACCUCCAACAGCGAGAGAGACAUUGUCAGCAGGGACGAGAGGAUCAAGAGAUUCCUGCACAUUUUCUACGGCAGUCCUGUUCCUGGGCAGGAGCCACUGUUCCGAUUGGAGCCAACAGAAAAUGGGUCGCUGCUGGCACUUGUGCACAAAAUGAACAGUUGCCUGAGUCAGAUGGAGCAGUUUCCUGUUAAAGUGCAUGAUUUUCCCAGUGGGAAUGGCAAUGGCAGCAGAGGUUCUCAAGCACUAAAAUUCUUCAACACACACCAGCUGAAGUGCCAGCUGCAGAGACACCCAGACUGCACCAACGUGAAGCAGUGGAAGGGGGGGCCUGUUAAAAUAGACCCUCUUGCUUUAGUGCAGGCCAUUGAGAGAUACCUUGUUGUUAGAGGAUACGGCCGAAUCAGAGAGGAGGAUGAGGACAGCGAUGACGAUGGAUCAGACGAUGAAAUCGAUGAGUCACUUGCGGCUCAGUUCCUGAAUUCUGGCAGCGUGCGCCACCGGCUGCAGUUCUACAUUGCUGAUCACCUGCUGCCCUACAACAUGACUGUGUACCAGGCGGUGCGUCAGUUCAGCCUGCAGCCAGAGGAGGAGCGGGAGAGCACUGACGACGAGGCCAACCCUCUCGGUCGUGCCGGCAUCUGGACCAAAACACACACGAUAUGGUAUAAGCCGGUCAGAGAGGAUGAGGAUGGCUGCAAGGACUCCGUAGGAGGGAAAAGGGGGCGAGCACAAACGGCUCCCACUAAAACUUCACCGCGUAACGCUAAGAAACAGGACGAGCUGUGGCACGAUGGUGUGUGUCCAAGUGUCAGUAACCCGUUGGAGUCGUACCUCAUAUCUGAACCUCCAGAAGGUAUUACGUUUGACGACCCCUCGCUGGAGGUCAUUCUGCUGUUGAGGGUUCUGCACUCCAUCAGCAGAUACUGGUUCUACCUCUUCGAUAAUGCUGUGUGUAAGGAGAUCAUUCCCACUAGUGAGUUCAUCAACAGUAAACUGACAGCAAAAGCAAACAGACAGCUGCAGGAUCCACUUGUGAUCAUGACUGGAAACAUCCCACCCUGGCUCACUGAGCUGGGCAAGACCUGUCCGUUCUUUUUCCCAUUCGACACGAGGCAGAUGUUGUUCUACGUCACUGCGUUUGAUCGUGACCGCGCCAUGCAGCGUCUGCUCGACACCAACCCUGAAAUCAACCAGUCCGAUUCUCAGGACAGCCGAGUAGCACCACGCCUUGACAGGAAGAAGCGGACGAUAAACAGGGAUGAGCUGUUAAAGCAGGCAGAAUCUGUGAUGCAGGAUCUGGGCAGUUCCAGAGCCAUGCUGGAGAUUCAGUAUGAGAAUGAGGUGGGGACAGGACUUGGCCCGACACUGGAGUUCUACGCUCUUGUGUCUCAGGAGCUGCAGAGAGCUGAUCUGGGUUUAUGGCGAGGAGAAGAGGUCACCCUUGCCAACCCUAAAGGGAGCCAGGAGGGCACCAAGUACAUGUUCAGCUCUAGAGGCCUUUUUGCUGUGCCUUUUGGCCGCAGCACCAAGCCAGCUCACAUCGCCAAGAUCAAGAUGAAAUUCCGCUUUCUUGGAAAACUCAUGGCUAAAGCCAUCAUGGACUUCAGACUGCUGGAUCUGCCCCUGGGACUGCCCUUUUACAAGUGGAUGUUGAGAAAUGAGUCAUCAAUAAGCUCUCACGAUUUGGUGAACAUCGACCCCGGUGUGGCCAAAUCCAUCCAGCACCUGGAGGACAUCAUUAGGCAGAAGAAGAGACUAGAGCAGGACAAAUCCUAUACAAGGGAGAUGCUACAGCAGGCUCUGGAGAGUUUAAAUAUGAAUGGCUGUUCAGUGGAGGAUUUAGGGCUGGACUUCACAUUGCCAGGGUUCCCUAACAUCGAGUUGAAGAAGGGAGGCAAAGACAUCCCAGUCACCAUACACAAUCUGGAGGAGUACCUGAGGUUGGUGGUGUACUGGACUUUAAAUGAGGGCGUGUCCCGACAGUUCGAGUCAUUUAGGGAAGGGUUCGAGUCUGUUUUCCCCCUCCACCACCUACAGUACUUCUACCCUGAAGAGUUGGAUCAGUUGUUGUGUGGCAGCAAAUCAGAGACGUGGGACGUCAAAACUCUGAUGGAAUGCUGCAGACCGGACCACGGGUACACACAUGACAGCCGGGCAGUGCGAUUCCUCUUUGAGGUGUUGAGUAGUUUUGAUGCAGAGCAGCAGAGACUCUUCUUGCAGUUUGUGACCGGGAGUCCAAGACUGCCAGUAGGAGGUUUCCGGAGUUUGAAUCCUCCCCUGACAAUUGUGCGCAAGACGUUUGAGUCAACGGAGAACCCAGACGACUUCCUGCCGUCAGUGAUGACGUGUGUAAACUACCUGAAGCUUCCGGAUUAUUCCAGCAUCGAGAUCAUGAGGGAAAAACUGUUAAUGGCGGCACGGGAGGGCCAGCAGUCUUUUCACCUGUCCUGAUCUCACAUACUUACACAAACAUACACGCGCACACACACUUUAUAUAUAUAUAUAUAUAUAUAUAUAUAUAUAUAUAUAUAUAUAUAUAUAUAUAUAUAUAUAUAUAUAUAUAUAUAUAUAUAUAUAUAUAUAUAUAUACACACACAUACACGCAUACACAAAGCAAAAUGCCUUCUACCAACCUAAACACAUCGUCAUGACUUCCUCCCUCCUUUUGUUUUAGUUCUCCCUCUGUUUUUGUUAUUGGUACAGCUGCCUCAAAAAGCAGCUGCUUCUGGAAGGAAAAAAGAGACUUCUGAAGUUGUAUGUCUGCUACAGGGGAAAAUAAAAUAAAACUAAAUGUUACAAGACUUGGAAAUAAAAUGACUGCCUCUUCAGAGCAAAUCUUGGAGACAAAAUGGCUGCCUCUUCAGUGCAGAUCUCGGAUAUAAACUGGCCGUUUCUUCAGAGCAGAUCUAGGAAAUGAAAUGGCCUCCUGUUGAGCAGAUCUAAUCAGUAAUAUCAGUAGCCAAUUUGUGUGCAAGGAAAUCAAAUGUAAUAUUUAAAGAAAAUGGGGAUGUGUGUGUUUUACUGUCAUGGUGGUGAGUGAUGUCAUCACUGUGUUUCCAUCCAGCAGGCAGUGUGUGUGUGCAAGCGUGUGUGUUCUCUUACAGCUCCAAAGAUCAUUUGUACAGACCAACGUUUUGCUCAUUCUUCACAUUCUUUAUUGUGCGUUACAUCUUUCUUUUUCUCCCCCCUGUACGAAAGUUGCAGUUGGUUCAAUGCAGGUAGUGAUGAAAGUGUAGGAUCUAUAAUUGUAUUAUUAUUAUUAUUAUAAUUAUUGGUUUAUUUUUUUUUUCGUUUGUUUUUUUUUAAUCAUCAGAGUGAAGUGGACUUCUGGCCAACGUUUAAAAGCCGCAAGUGUCUACUCUGGAUAGAAGUUGGAUAGAGUAGACCCUUCUUUAUUUUCUCGCUCUUAUGUGGUUAGGUCAUAUGACUCGCAGGGUUAUAACUAAUCCUGCCAUGUAGCUGAGCGCUUAAAAAAAAACUUUAGAAAAUUGGCUGGUUUCAUUUUAGUGUUUCAUGGCCAGAUGACAUUUCCGGGAAAAAAAACAAAAAAACAUUUAUGGAAUAAAAUUUAUAUGCAGUUCUCACACCUGGUUUGAGGUGCGACUGUGCUUUUUUUAUUUUCUAUAUUUUUUCUCCUCUUGCUGUAGUUUAUUAUUCUGUUUUGUUUGCACUGCUGGCUUGGAUUGGAGCGUGGUGGUGUGGUGUGUGCGCUACAGUGUGUUGCCUGCCUUGAGGGUGGCGUGCUAGAGUUCACUCUCCUCACCCCCGAACCUUCAUCUGCUGGUUUCUAAGAUCUGCAAUAAUUUACUGCAUCAGGUUCUUGUUUUUACCUGGACACAUAAAUAAAGCAACUGUUUGACUCA